AUGCACAACUUUAUUACUUUUCUGACUUUUCACCUGCACAGCCACAAUGGAAAAAACAGCAGUAUCCUCUUCACCAGCCCCAAUAUGACCACACGUCUGCUGCUUCCCGGAUACAGUGCUCACAGUUUCUUUGGAGCCUCUUGUUUUGCUUUUGUCUGCAGUGAGGUGAGGGAGUGUCUGAAGCUGGACCCUGAUCAUAAGCAGUGCUUCAACCACUACAAGCAAGUUAAGAAUCUCAACAAGCAGAUCCAGGCUGCUGAGGAACUGAUCCAGCAAGAGAAAUACAGUGAUGCAGUUAGUAAAUACGAGUCUGUUAUGAAGACUGAACCAAAUGUUCCUCAGUUCAGACUUGAUGCCAAAGAGCGCAUAUGCCACUGUCUGUCUAAGGACCAGCAAACUGCCAAAGCAAUCUCAGUAUGCAGUGAAAUUCUGAACUCAGAUGCUCAGAAUGUGAAUGCUUUAAAAGACAGAGCAGAGGCCUUCCUCCAAGAUCAGCAAUAUGAAGAAGCCAUUAAGGACUUUGAGAGUGCAAAAGAACAUAGUGAGAAUGACCGGCAGAUCAAAGAGGGACUGGAGCGAGCACAGCGCCUUCUUAAACAGUCCCAGAAGAGAGAUUACUAUAAGAUUUUGGGUGUUAAGAGGAGUGCCCAAAAGAAGGAGAUCAUAAAGGCGUACAGAAAGUUGGCACAGCAGUGGCAUCCAGACAAUUUCCAGGAUCCAGAGGAAAAGAAAAGGGCAGAAAAGAAAUUCAUAGACAUUGCUCAAGCCAAAGAAGUUCUAACUGACCCAGAAAUGAGGAGUAAGUUUGACCAGGGCGAGGACCCUAUGGAUCCAGAGAGUCAGCAGGGUGGAGGACAUCACCACCACUUUCACGGGGGCUGGGAGAACUUCCAUGGAUUUAACCCUUUUGGUUCUGGACCUUUUAAUUUCAAAUUCGGAUUCAACUAAGGCUCAGCUGAAAGAACUUGGGGGGGCCUGACCUGAAUGUGUGUGGAAGUCAUCCAAUGGGAACUGGAACAAUCUGACCACACCCACAGGCACAGUUCUGGCAUAGAAAGUGUCUUGAAACAUGCAUCCAGUGCUCUUUAGUGGGCAAGUGAUCCUACUUGCUAACUGUUGUUCUCUGAUGCAGAAUUUUUGUUAUUUGAAAAGCUCCUCUACUUUCAGGGAUGUUAAAAUUUAGAGCGCAAGGUUAAUUGCCUCGUCUCUCUGUGCACGUGUUGACCUUUUUAUUCCCAAGAAUAAUGUGUACAUAGAAAACUGCACUAUUUUUCUAUGAAUUAAAUAAUGCUGUAAAUAAAGAAAUAAAGACAUAUGAGUGCUUAUUUAAAUGAAAAGGUAUUUGGUCUUUACUGAGCAUCCAUCUUUGCAUCAAUACAUUUACAGUCUCUUAAUAACAAUAACUGAACAGAAAAGACACAUAAGACAAUUUAAUAGAAUGAUAAAAAAUAACCGUCCUUGCAUUUCAAAGCUUUAAGGCAUGCAUGUGACCACUGCUUGUGCUCACCCAUUGAAAAGUAAAAUAAAAACAAAUGUUUAAGUUAACAUAAACGUGAAAUAAUGCAUUUUAAACACUCAUUGGUAAAAGCCAGUAUACCACAAAUGACAGAUUAUCCCUCUCAGAAUUUUUUUUCACUUAAUUCCUGAGAAAAUCCACAUCCUUGAACAUCAAGGCAGAGUAACAAUGAAGUACAGGUAUAUACAGUGAGGAAAAUAAGUAUUUGAACACCCUGCUAUUUUGCAAGUUCUCCCACUUAGAAAUCA